AUGGAGAUCAAGUCCACUUAUGAAUACCUGAACAGACGCUUUGGAAACGCCACUCGACUCAUGGCUGUUCUCGCUUUCAUCAUUCAAACAGCUUUAUACCUCGGGAUCGUUAUCUAUGCACCCGCACUCGCCCUUUCUAAGACCACUGGACUUAACCUUUGGGGCGUCGUAGUUGGAACUGGCAUUGUUUGCAUCAUUUACACUACUCUUGGAGGAAUGAAGGCAGUUAUUUGGACUGGUGUGUUCCAGGCUCUCGUUAUGUUUGGUGGCUUCUUCGCGGUUAUCAUUUUUGGCUGUUACGAUCUUGGCUGGGGUGAAAUUUGGAGGAUCAACCAGGAGGAGCAUCGUCUCGACUUAUGGGAUUUUAGUACCGAUAUUCGCCAAAAGCACACUUUUUGGACGAUUCUUUUCGCCGGUCAAAUGGUCUGGCUGAGUCUUUAUGCCACUUCUCAAGCACAAGUGCAGCGAUAUAUGUCCUCUAAAACGUUGAAAGACGCACAGUUAGCGAUCGGAAUAAAUGUUAUUGGUCUUUGGUUUAUUAACGCCGCCGCAAUAGCAUGUGGAAUGGUUAUUUUCGGGAAUAGGGGCGAACUCUAUAAACAUUAUGAGUUCACGAAAGCUUUCUGGUACAGGUGUGAUCCAAUCGCCAUGGGUCGAAUUACUGGCACUGAUCAGUAUUUCCCUUAUUUUGUUGUUUCCAAGCUAUCACAUCUUUGGGGAGUCGCUGGCCUUCAUGUGUCCUCAGUAUAUGCUGGUUCACUUUCGACAGUUUCUUCUGGAAUCAACGCAAUGGCUAUGUGCACGAUGGAGGACUUUAUCAAGCCUUACAAAACGCUCACAGACGCACAACAGAAAAAUCUCUCGAUGAUUCUCGUAAUCAUUUAUGGAAGUCUCUCGAUUUUAAUCGCAUGGCUUGCUUCUGUUCUUGGCCCAGUUCUUCAGGCGGCAUUGUCCAUUUUGGGUAUUCUUGGUGGACCUCUUGUGGCCAUCUUUACCAUGGGAAUCGUUUUUCCUUUUGCCAAUCAAAAAGGUGCAAUUUUCGGUUCUGUGUGCGGUGUGGCUUUCGGCUGGGUGAUCUUUGCAUUUUCAAAAGCCGACCCCAAGUCGUCCAUUCUCAAAUCAUAUAUACCUCCUACUAUCGAAUUCGAUCAGUGUAAUUCAAAUUGGACAGCUGAUAUCGAUAGCUAUUUGACUAUCAAGGAAGUAAGACAAUACGAAUUUCUUAAGCAUGCGAGAGGAGCAGAAGCUGCAUGUGAAGCAGAUAUAACUGACGAAAGUUACUAUUGCGGAGAAUAUGAACGGGAAAUCACUUCAAUCGACGGAGAAGGCGUGUGGGAGCGAUUCUAUCACAUGUCAUAUUUGUAUAUGUCAAUGAUCUGCUUCAUAAUCUCUAUGGUUGUUGGAUUAACCGUCUCUGCCCUUACUGGAGGACUUUCAGAAGAAUAUAGAAAAUCUCAUUCCAAGGAAAUGUUCAACACGUUUUUCCCGAGCUCUUACUACAGCCGCGAGGAAGAUGAGAAGUCACAAGACAGGAGAGACGGGGAAGACAUUGAAUUUAUCCAAACUUCGAAUCCGUACUAG